AUGGAGCGGCGGCGCAAGCCUCUUCCGCGCCGGCCGGCCUACUGCGCUCCUUUUUCGUCAGGUUGUCCACCAGCCAAGAAGAGGAAGAGAUUGGGCACCACCAGCCAAGAACCUUGGGCCGGGGCGGCAGGAGGGGACGAGGGAGGAGUCGACCGGAUCAGCGCCCUCCCCGACGAACUCCUCGGUGAGAUCAUCUCCCUCCUCCCCACCAAGGACGGCGCCUGCACCCAGAUCCUCGCGUCCCGGUGGCGCCACCUCUGGCUCUCCGCGCCUCUCAACCUCGACUGCCGUGACCUCGCCACCGCCGUCGAUCUCGCGGUCGUCAAAUACCAUAGGGUCUACAACAACGCCCUCUCUGCUGUAGCGCACAUUUUUAGCCUCCACCAAGGCUCCGGGCGCCGCUUCCGUGUCAAGGGGUACCGCCUACCCCUCGCCGUCGCCGCCACCGCCGCCGCCCUGGAUUGCUGGCUCGUGGCCCCCGCCCUCGACGGCCUGCAGGUGCUCGAGUGCUGGGUCUAUUACAAGAACUGUAGACCGCUUGGGCCGCUGCCGGCGUCCGCCUACCGCUUCUCGCCCACCCUCCGCGUCGCCACCUUUGGUGGCUGCCACCUCCCCGACGACCACAUCGCCCAAGGGCUUCACUUCCCCAACCUCAAGCACUUGUCACUGGAAUACGUCUCCACCUCGGAGCACUCUCUGCACAGCCUCAUCGCCGGUUGCCCCGCUCUGGAAUGCUUGAUGAUUUACACCAGCUUCGGCUUCCGUCGCCUUCGGAUCAAUUCCGUCACUCUUACGUUCAUAUGUGUGCAAGAUCAAGUUGAGAACUGCAAGGGAUUCACUCCGCUCCAGUUUGAGAAACUCAUCAUUGAGAAUGCCCCUCGUCUUGAAAAGUUGAUCCCUCUCUACUUAUACCGGGGUCUGCAGGUGUCGGGAUUGCGCGCUGAUAGCCUGACAACGGCGGUGCGCACUGUCAAGAUUUUAGCUGUCAAUGUCGAUAUUCUUAGUUUGGAUAAUGUUCUUGACAUGAUGAGAUUCUUUCCAUGCUUGGAGAAGCUGCACGUGAAGACAUGGAGUUCGGGUGAGAAAAAUUUGUGGCACCGUAAACACCAGGAUCUUCUCACAUGUCUAGACAUCCGGCUCAGGACAGUAGUGUUGGAAACGUAUCUGGGCAGCUGGUCGCAGGUUAACUUUGCCAAAUUCUUUCUGCUGAAUGCCAGAGUGCUGGAGUCAAUGACGUUUCAUGUUGAGGCCAGCUUGUACGACGAGGAGUUCUUGGCAGAACAGCGUGGGAAGCUUCAGCUAGGGAACAAGGCUUCAAGAGAUGCUCAGUUUCAUUUUACAACUGCUACUUCUCUCGAAGCUGUUUGGGAGAGCAAGCAUCUCAGUGAUCUUAACUUGAAUGACCCCUUCCUGUGUAGAUGUUGAAAUGGGUUUGGUCA